AUGCUCAUCGGCUGCUUGUCGAGCGCGCGUCACCGUGGUCGUCGCGAUCUCUCCGAUUCUCCGCCACCUCUGCCCUCAAGAAGACAAGUAUUGCCAUUUCUCGCCGAGCUGGGGAAUCGUCAUUCAUCAUCGAAUGUUGUUGGAGGGGGACGGGGUGCUCAUUCACCUCCACCUCCACCUCCUUUACAUAAGCGACCCUCUUCAGCACUCAGAAGUCCGAGACACAGCACCGUUCCCGAUAUUGUGAUUACAAGGCGUCGGAACUCGGCCUAUGAAACUGUUGAACGCGAUAAUGGACCGCCAAAUGGAAGGGAUGUUUGUGAGAGACGAAAUAGCGGAGGCGGAUUACGAAGACUUGACAAUUGGAUACAACAUCUUAUGCAUGAAGGG